UUCGUGUAUUUACAUGUAAGGCUUCAUGUAUGUAGGUGUGCUCAACCGUGGUAUGCAGAAAUACGGUUAUGAUAUUAAGGGUAUGACUACAUUAUGAACACGACUGGUGGGCUGUUAGUGUGACUGUGGUAAUACCGGUGAUAGCUUCCCCCUGUGAACCAUAUUGAAGAGGCAGCGGUACUAUCAAUUGAACAAACACAGCGGUACCAGGCAGCGAGAGAGGCAGCGGUACUAUCAACUGAACCAACAGCGGUACCAAGCAGCGAGAGAGGCAGCGGUACUAUCAACUGAACCAACAGCGGUACCAAGCAGCGAGAGAGGCAGCGGUACUAUCAACUGAACCAACAGCGGUACCAGGCAGCGAGAGAGGCAGCGGUACGAUCAAUUGAACAUACACAGCGGUGCCAGGCAGCGAGUACAAGACCGGGAAUAAGACAAGUGCCAAGCGACAAAUAGAUUGGUGUGGUACCAUCCGUUCAGCUGGAGCCGUCCACCAUAGCCGUCCACCAUGGAGAAUAGUGGAACUGCUCAAGAAUCCUCAGAUGGAGGAAGAAGAAACGAGGGCGAUAGCGAGCCCUCAAGGCAAGAACAACAAUUGGCAACGGUGAUGGGUAAUGUUUGCCGGAUUCUAGCACAAACAGUAACAUCACUGACGGAAAUGCAAACAUCCUUCCACCGAAAACGACAGGUGUUAGACGGUGCAAGCACAUCAGCUGGGUCGGGAUCGAUCGCAAGUGAACAUGUCAUACCCUCUGGCCCUGAGCCACUUCACCAGGACGAAUCAAGUACCGAUAAUCCUACUGUCCCUCACCAGGGGGAGUCAACCACAGAUGGUCCCACUGUCCCUCACCAGGGGGAGUCACGUUCAGAUAAUACCGGACUCCCACACCAAGAGGAGUCAAGUGCAGAUGAAUCUCAACUUCCUCAACAAGGAGAGUCCGAUUCCGAUGAUGGAAUCCUUGUCACCAAGUCGGUGAAGACCCUAGUAACCCAAAUGCCCACUGGAGCCGUCACGGCGACCGCGGCCAGUCCGGCGACAUCCACCGCCCCGUCAGGAUGCCCCGAGAAGAAAGGAUGCUCCACCCCAAUGCUACAAGGGUCAGCAAGUGCCAGAACACAAAACUGCCAACUACAGGAAGACAUCCGGCGAGUGAACCUCUAUGACUCUAUAAGCUUAGCUCAAAGACCACUGCCGAAAUUCAGUGAGGGAACCUGUGGAGAAUUCUGGGAGUUUAAGAGGGCCCUCCAGCGACGCCUAGAAUCUGCAGAAGUAACCGACGGAUUGAGGUUGGAAGUCCUCGUCGAUGUCUACAAUGGCCCCGUCAAAGACGCUCUCAGAGGGUGUCUAAGGAUAGAAGACUAUAAAACGGGAUACGAACAAGCCUGGGAGCUGCUCGACAAACGACACGGAGACAAAUAUGAGUACAUUCGCCAACUAACAAAGAAAGUCCUACAUGGUCCGUCUGUUCAGCUCCAGGAUGAGAAAGGUCUCCAGAGGCUCGCAGACGAACUGGAACAUGCAAUAAGGGAUCUAAAGCUUCUUGGCAAGCUCCAGCAGAUUGAUACAUAUGAGGCCACACAAACGCUGACAGGAAGAUUCAAAGGGAAGCUCUGGGAUGACUACAUCAAUCAGAUGUAUAGAUACAAGAUGAAACAUGAAGAAACCCCUGGCGUUGAGUGGAUACUGAAAUUCGUAAAACUCAUGGUUCAGAAGGCAGAAACUUCCUCAAAGGCACAAACACAAGGAAUGUCAAGGGAAUCAAGACAGCCUCUUCCCGACAGGAAACCAGUAAGCUUAGUGACCGCAACAUCGGAUUCAACCGUCCAUGAUGGACGAAAGUGUUCCCUUUGUAAGGAAGACCACCAUCUCGGAGAGUGUACACAAUUCCUCAGGAUGACCUCUGUGAAACGAGAAGCAGUAAUACGUGCCGAACGUCGCUGUUUUGCCUGUCUGAGUCGGCACCACCGAAUAGCAGAUUGCCAUCUUAAGAAAAGAUGCGGUAUCGACGGCUGUCUGGGUGUUCACUCGCACCUAUUACACCACUUACACCUCAAAAAGGGUGCACAGGGUGCUAAAGGAACGUACAAUAGAGACGAACAGAGUGGAGCCCCCCGCAUGAGUGGGAGCAAAAGGACCGCCGUAUCUGACGACACGCAUCCGGAUAGAACUGCUGCGCACAAAAGACCGAGAAUAACAUUGGAAUCAACACCGGACGCCAUGACCUCGAGGACCAGAACGGAGCAGACUUCGGUGGAGAGAGACUCCACACGAGGACAUAACGUCUUGGUGACGGUCAACAAAGAUGACCCUUAUAGGUGGGUGAAGUCGUCACAAGGGAGACGACAAGAGGAGCCUGAUGAAGAAAGGUCAUGACUCGACGAAACCACAAAGAUCGCGCUUCCCAUAUUGAAGGUCAAGAUUGAAGAUGACAAAGGUAGUGGGAUGAUGACGGUAACCGGGGCCGUUUUGGAUCCAGCAAGUGAUCGGUCAUACUGUACACAGAAACUUGCAGAUCAGCUCCGGGCUAAAGGAAGGCCGGUCUGCCUUUCGAUCAGUACGCUAAAGAGUGACGAGGAAGCGGACACCGAGGAAAUUAGGUUAAAGGUGACGAGCUUAAGAACACGGAAGAAACGCUCCAUCAUUAUCCCAAGAGUUGUAGUUGUGGAACGUUUACCAUCCACCCUGCCAUCGGCGGCAGCGAAUGUUCAUGACGUCAUCCCUUGGAAACACCUCCAUGGCACUGCUCCUUGGCAUGGACCGAAGGAGGUAGAUCUUCUCAUUGGUCAAGAUGUUCCUCAGGCACUACUCCCUCUGGAAAUACGACGUGGGAGGUACGGAGAACCAUUUGCUGUGCGAACGACGCUAGGUUGGACUAUCAACGGACCACUCGGACCACUACCAGUGCUCCACGGAAACAACGCGAUUAGUCAGCUCAGCAAAGCACAGAUGACCUUACCCAACAUGCACCCUGAAUACUUUUGGGAUCACGGACCCAUGGAUCUUCUCGACAACGACCAAGCACUGUCCAUCGAGGAUCGGCGUGUGUUACGGUUGUGGGAAGCUACAACCACCCAAGUGAAAGGUCAUUACCAAUUCCCUAUCCCGUUCCGGCAAGAGGAACCAGGUCUCCCAGACAACAAGAUGAUGGCAGAGCGAAGAUUGUUUCACCUAAGACAACGACUCUUGAAGGACAAAACACUCGCAAAGGGGUACCAGGAAGAAAUGAGAAGCUUACUUGCUGAAGGACACGCUGAACGCGUCCCGCGACAUGAACUCGAAGCAAGACCUGGAGCGACCUGGUACCUUCCACAUCAUCCUGUGCUGAGUGCUAACAAACCGGGAAAGGUGAGGAUAGUCUUCGACUGUGCAGCUACAUGUAAAGCCGUAUCACUGAAUAGUCAGGUAAUGCAAGGCCCGGACCUCAACAACAAAUUGGUAGAUAUCCUCUUCAGGUUCAGACAAAGAAGAGUGGCACUGAUGGCCGAUGUUGAGGCGAUGUUCCAUCAAGUGCGGGUCGUACCAGAACACCGAGACGCAUUACGCUUCCUGUGGUGGAUUGGCCCUCAGAUGUCUGGAACCCCAACAACCUAUCGCAUGAACGUCCACUUGUUCGGAGGCAUAUGGAGCCCGUCCGCUGCAGGCUACGCUCUGCAACGGACUUUUCAAGAUCACGGAAAGAACCUUCACGAAGAAGUUAAGAGGGCAAGGCAUAACUUCUAUGUAGACGAUCUACUCCUAUCCGUCAGUACCCCUGAAAAGGCAAUAAUCAUUCUCCAUCGACUACGUCAGACACUGAACAAAGGCGGAUUCAGGCUCACAAAGUGGUUAUGUAAUCACAAAGACGUUUUGCGAACUGUUCCCGAGACAGAACGAGCUGCAGGUGUUAAGGAAGUGUUCUUUGACGACGACAGGCUUCCUGUUGAAAGAGCCCUAGGGAUCUUGUGGGACCUAGAAAAGGACGAACUAGGAAUACGUGUCCAAGUCCCCGAAAAGCCAGAGACCAAACGAGGACUCUUGAGCACUAUCAGUUCUCUCUACGACCCCUUAGGGAUUGUCGCCCCCGCAGUCAUUCCUGCCAAACUCCUUUUCCAAACGGAAUGUAGGCGAGAAGCUGAAUGGGAUGAACCAAUAACAGAGGAAGGGAAGACAAUGUGGCGACGGUGGUUGACGGAACUACCUCAUCUCACAAAGGUCCGUAUUCCUCGGUGGUACGCUGGGAGUGUUGCGAACCCCAAGUCCAUCGUACAACUACACCAUUUUUGCGAUGCUUCGCAGCGGGCAUACGGAGCUGUGUCCUAUCUGAGAAUUACUACUGAUGAGGGACAACAUCUGGUGUCCUUCGUGACCGGCAAGGCCAAGCUGGCACCGUUGAAACAACAAACCAUACCCCGACUAGAGCUUUGCGCCGCAGUGCUGGCUGCCAGACUUGACACACAGCUGAAAAGAGCGUUAGAGUUGGAGAUCAAAGACUCUGUGUUCUGGACCGAUAGCACUGCUGUCCUACAGUAUAUACGGAACACUAGACGACGAUUUCACACAUUCGUCGCAAACAGAGUUGCUGCCAUUCAUGAAGCAACAAAGGCGGAGCAAUGGCGUCACGUAAGUUCAGCGGACAACCCAGCGGAUGACGCCAGUCGAGGAAUGUGGGGCACAGAGAUGGCCGCAGGAGGCAGGUGGAUUCAAGGCCCGCCAUUCCUCAAGAAAGAUGAAAAGUAUUGGCCCAAAUACCCAUACCCGAUCUCCGAAAUCGGCGACACCGAUCCGGAAGUAAAGAAGGAGGGUAUCAUAUUGGUGGCGAAGAUCAACAAAUCUGCAGAGGUCCUGGAGAAGAUAUGUGCUCAUCCUUCAUCAUGGUUCCAGCUAAAGAGGAAUGUGGCAUGGCUGAGGAAAUUUAUAAGAUGGCGUUGUAACCUGUCUGAGGAAGGGCAAGUACAGGAGAAAGACCGUCUCAGCGUCGCCGAAUUAGAUGCAGCAGGACUGACCAUACUACGCUUAGUUCAAGAGCGACAUUUCACUCGAGUAUUGACGAGCUUAAGAGGAGGACACCCCUUACAGGAUAACACAGUAGCCAAGUUGGAACCUUUCUUGGAUGCUGACGGACUGAUCAAAGUGGGCGGGCGCCUACGACAUGCCCUUCUCCAUCCUGAACAAAGGAAUCCCAUACUGUUGCCAAGAGAAGCCAGGGUGACAGAACUCAUAAUAAGGGAAGUGCACGAGACCAAGACAGGACACUCAGGGAGGGAGUAUACCCUCUCGAGGCUACGCGAAAGGUUCUGGAUCCCCAAGAGUCGGAAGUUAAUUGACAAGAUUACAAGAACAUGCGUCACGUGUCGAAGAAUCAACUGGAUCUCUACUAAACAACGUCACGCUGACCUGCCAGAAGACCGAGUCAGGUCCGGGGACAGACCUUUCACUUACACAGGAAUCGACUGUUUCGGCCCCUUCCUGAUAAAACAAGGCAGGACCCGGACGAAGAGGUGGGGUUGCUUGUUCACCUGCCUGGUCUCACGAGCUAUUCACCUGGAACUCCUGGCUGCUCUGGACGGUGACUCAUUUAUAAAUGCUGUAACAAGGUUCGCCGCGCGUAGAGGACCUCCACGUCGCGUCAGAUCGGACAACGGUACGAACAUCACGGGAGCAAACAGAGAACUCAGGGAAGCCGUGCAGGCUUGGAACUGUGAAAAGGGAGUACAAAACGCACUCUUACAAAAACAGAUUGAGUGGGAGUUCAACCCACCUACUGCAUCACACAUGGGAGGUGUAUGGGAACGACAGAUCCGCACGGUAAAGAAGGUUCUACAAGCGGUAAUAGGAGAGCAAGUCCUAGAUGAGGAACGCCUCCACACUAUAUUCUGUGCUGUGGAGGACAUCGUAAACGGACGCCCCAUCACUCCCGUUUCAACCGACGUCAAUGACUUGGAAGCCCUCACUCCCCAUCAUCUUCUGCGGAGUGGCCCAGAUACCUUAUCUGUGGGUGGGGAAUACUCGAUCGGCGAGACCUAUCGACGGAGGUGGAAACAUGCCCAGUUCAUCGCUGAUCAGUUCUGGAAACGAUGGACAAAUGAGUAUCUUCCAACGCUUAGACAACGGCAACGACGCUUGACAACUCCAAAUCUUCAAGCAGGGGAUAUUGUCAUCGUGUCCGGCCAACCUCUCCCUCGUCAGCAGUGGAGGUUGGGACGGAUACUGGAAACCGUACCCGGAGACGAUGGGGUGGUACGAAGCGCGAGGGUUAAGACGAAAGAUUCAGUGAUGCUUCGCCCAGUAACGCGACUCUGCCUACUGGAAGGAGUAGCACGAUGAAACGAACGAACGAACAAAAAAACAAAAAAAAAAAAAAAAAAAAAAGGAAGGAGACCUAAAUUCAGGUGAUUUAGGUCUUGCUGCUCGUCUUUCGAGCAGAGCUCGACAGGGGGAGUGUUAUCGCCGCAUGCCACAUUCACAGUGAAGUCGCUUGCGGCUUCGUAGGUAAUGUAAGGAAACAUAGGAUGUAAGGAAAUAUAAUAUCAUCUAAUGUAACGUGCCAUAUAAUUUAAGGAAACCUAUGAUAUAAGGAAACAUAAUGUAAUAAUGUAAGGAUCGGCUUAAUAGGUGAAAUGUUAGGGAGAGGAAAAGGGGGAAAGAAUGUGUAAGUUUUAGGUAGUGAAGAUGGGGACAGAGCUGCAGAGUGGUGUUGGCUGCUCGAUGUUUACAGACAGGAGUGUCAGCUCAGCGUAUCGUAAUAUCACUGCACGUGCAUCUUUGAUGAAUCAACAUGUAUGGCUGGGCCAGCAGCCGGAAAAUGCUUACGCAGGGACACUCAUGUAAGAGACCUCCUCGGGAGGGCAGAAAGUGACGCGCCCUCGUCGUGGUUAGACCUCUGGCGAAAAGUUGUACUUCCCGUCUACCUCUCUAAGGCCUAGAAUACGUAAGUUCUUACCGUACACGUUACUGACAUAUUUCUGGUAUAUGACAUUUGCCUGAUAUAUACGUAAAAGGCCGUCCUUCUCGGCGAGAGGGUGGGGGAGGAGAGAUGGUACGACCCGUUGAGGGGCCCCUCCUUUUCUUCUAUGCCCUUGCCGAGGAGAACAGGCCAUAUUGUCGUCAAGUAGCGUAUACUUAUUACAUUCACGCCCUCACGUGCUUCUUACCUUGUCACAUGGUCAAUUUGUGUCAAUUUGUGUAACUAAAGGACCACUGUAUUAAUUUUCAGGUUUGACCGAAAAACGAAUAAAAUGUGAUUCGCGUCAACGUA